AUGACUACAUUAUCUGCUUCCACAACUCCCGAGACACCUCACUCGGCCAUAAACUCAAUGCCUUCUCAACACAUCCCACAACGUAAAAAGAAGGCUACCAGAGCCUGCAUCCAUUGUCAAAAAGCUCAUCUCACAUGUGAUGACUCUCGACCAUGCCAGCGUUGCAUAAAGAGAGAUUUGGCAUCAACUUGUGCAGACGGAGCACGCAAAAAAGCAAAAUAUCUACAAGAUGCUGAAGUGGAAGUGGAAGUGGUAGUGGUAGUGGUAGUGGCAGUGGUAGAACAUAACAAUACAGGUUCCUGA